AUGCCCUCCCCUCGCCUUCGCAACCUUUUCUGCGUUGCACUUUCUCUUGUGUUCUUUUCAUUCUUCAUCACCUCUGCCGUGGCAUCGCCACCUUCAGCGGAAGCAUCUCCCUCAGCUCAAGCCGACUUGAUAUGCCACACCGAUAACCCGGCAGAAUGCUACCCAAAGGUGUUUUCAGCGACGGAGGAAUUCCAGACUGUGCGUGAUGACCAGGAUCUUCCUCCUGGGCUGCAUGUGCGUUUGAACAUCUGGACGGGACAGAAGGAAGCGCGCCUGAAUACGCCGAUGGCGGAGGAUCCUGCCCUUGAAGGCCUGCCGGUGGAUAAGUCAGUCGUAGUGGUGGACCCCGAGGUCUCCAACGAAGAGCCCCAACUUCCACUCGGAGCACCGGCAUACGAGCCAGUCGGCGUGGUGAAGGAGCCCCAAGUCCAGAACCCGGAUUUUGCGAUUGCCCUUGACUUCCUGAAGGAGCACGCCGAGACGGCGCCUUCCGAUGUGAAGCACCCGUUGGACGACGCUCUGGUUGACCUGGAGGAUAUCUCUCACGAUAUGUACUAUGGGAAGAAGAUUAUGGAAGAUGCGGGCGCGGUCAAGAGCCUUUUCUGUCUGCUCACGCAGCGGGACGCCCAACAGGCCGAUCGCGACCUGACCGAACGGAGGGACUUCUUGGCCUCGUCGAUCUUGUCCUCCUCACUCCAAAAUAACCCUCCUGCCAUGCGGGAGAUCGAGUCACAAUGGGAUCAGCUCAUGUCUACUCAAUGCGGGUUUCACCAGCGCCCGCUGGGCGAGGUCCUGUUUGACGGUCUGAAGCCGAGAACGCAAGCCUCGACCGCGGACGAGGCGAACAGACAGGAGGCUUCUUGGAUACGCACUUCACUGCCGGUGGUGGGAAGGCUGAUGAAGAGUGAUCCGAUCCGCGGCCACUUCAUGCAGAACGACAUCAUGAGGAACUUCCUCCAGAUCUUGCUCAUCGAGUCGCCGGCAUGGGAGGCCCCGCGGGUGCGAGUGAGCAGGAUCGUCUCCGAUACGUUCCUGGACAAUGCUGUAGGCGCCAAAGAAGGCGUAUGGCCUCGGGGGGUGAUCAGCGAUCCAGCAGUCUGCCAGGAGGAGAGCACUAGGCUGGGAGAUGGCUGCUGGGAAUAUCAUCUCCAGGAAAUCACCAAGGAAACAAAAGCUGAAUGGGCCCAGGAACUGCUUGACUUGCUAAACACGGCGAGGUCAGGAGCCAGACGUGCGAAAGACGAACUAUAA